GAGACCUUCCUGUCCCCUUCAACCAAUACGCGGAACUUGUCAGUAAUGCAAAGUGUGUGGCAGAAGUGUCGGCUGAUAAACUGGCUGUCAAUUAGCGGGGAACUUUCACCGGUGAGCAGCUACACACAGCACAAGUUGUUGAGAAGAUAAACGAUGGAGUGGCGCCAGCAGACCAGUGUCAGCUGUGCAGACGCCUUCAAAGAGGCUCAACGCUGGAUUCAGGAAGUCACUGGAAAAUUGUUUGGUUGCAAUGACUUCCGUGCUGCCUUAGAGAACGGAGUCCUGCUUUGCGACUUGAUUAACCGGUUGAAACCCGGCAUCAUUAAGAGAGUAAACAGGCUUUCUACUCCCAUUGCUGGUCUGGAUAAUGUGAAUGUCUUCCUGAAAGCCUGUGGGAAACUUGGACUGAAUGUGUCUCAGCUGUUUCAUCCCGGAGACCUGCAGGACCUGUCCUCUCGUGCAACACUCAGGCAGAAUGAAACCAAUAGAAGACUAAAAAAUGUUCUCGUCACAAUCUACUGGUUGGGUCGCAAGGCUCACCAGGACUCCUUCUACAGCGGUCCUCAGCUCAACGUCAAGGCUUUUGAAGGGCUGCUAGGAUUAGCCUUGUCCAAGGCUCUAGACGAGGGCAGUCAUUCGUUUGUGAAGGAGAGCUGGCACCUGGAGAGGGAGGAGAUUCGACGCAUGGGACCGCACUAUAAGACUCAGAUUUCUUUGGACAGCUUCGACUCUCUGGAUUCUCGAGUCCUCCACCAAAACAAUGAAGGUUGGGGAAGUGACGCAGAAGCUGAGGAGGUGUUCAAGAUGGAGACCACACAGCCCUCCACCCAGCAAAACAAAGGUUAUAUCCCACAUCCACUCCUACGGAGAAAACAAGGACGGGAGGAGAGUGGAAGGGGCUGCGCAGGUCCAAUUGCCAGAGCAUAUCAAAUCCAGGUCAGACCUGAGAGACCAGUUCAGGUCAACCCUGGUUGGAUUUGGAGCAAAUCCCUCAGUGACAUCCCGAUGGUUUACCCUGUGCGUAAGCUUCCUGGUGAGCACACCAUCUAUGAUGAAGACCUGGACACGAACAUGGCCAAUGAGUGGAAUCAAGAAGACAAACGGAGGUGUAGUGUUGCUGCCAAGGACAGUGAAGCACAGUGGCAAGAUGACUUUUCAAAGUGGAAGAAUCGUCGCACGAGCACAACGUCUGAACGCAGGAAGUCUCUAGACAGAGAGCAUGUCAUUACUCAAAUGGCCAAUGGGGCUGGGAUUACAUUUGAGAAGAACAAAGCACAAGGUGGACUGCUAAAAAGCGACCAGCAGUCCCCUCACAGGCAUUUCCCUGCUCCUCGUCCUUACAGCACCUCUCUCCAUUCAAAAUCCUUGAGCUCUGAUCUCCGGCCACAUACUCGGGCUCUGCUGGCCCGCAGUUACGCCACAGAGCCACCUUUCAGCCCCCAGGCUCCACUUAGCUCCCAGAACUCACCCCACACCCAGGGAUCUUCUGUUGGAGCCAUGCCUGCCUCUGAUGCAAACACCCUGAGAGAGGAGACUCACUUUGCCUCCUUGGCUUCACACGGAGCAGAAGUCACCACUCCUUCUCUGGACGGCCCUUUCAGCUUCCAGGCCCAAGUCAAAGUACAGGAAAGCCCAGCUCCUGUCCAGCCCACUUCUGAAGAGGCCCAAUCAGUAAAUGUUUUAAAAAAACAAAUCUCCACUCUGGUCACAACCAUACAGCCAAAGGUGACCACGAAGUCAACGAAAACCAGGGAACCUACAGAAUCCAUGUCGAGUCACAAGGAGCCAUUAUGUGGUAAUCCAAAAGUCCCUGCUUUUUGCACUGAUCAGAUGGGAGUUGAUGGUCUGGAGGACUUGUCCACAAAAAACCAAAAGUCCCAGGAAGAGAGCCAGAAGAUGUCCUGGGAACCAGCUGUGGAACAUGGCAGUGGUCAGCAGGCUGCGGCUGGCUACAGCUUUAUGUCCAAAACUGGGUCCUGGUCCGGCUCUGCCAGCCUCCCUCGUGGUUACCGGAGGUCCGAGGGCUCGUCUCGUCUCUCCUCUGCAAUCACAGCCAGGCCCUUUGGGACCAAGUCCAGGGUGUCCUCUCUGCCGAGACUGUUCAACGUAGACAACAACCAAGGUCUGCUGAUGGAUAGUGAGAAAGAGGAAUCUCUUUCUCCCACCAACAAAUCUUCUCUUAAAAGACAGACUGCGACCACCCAUUUGAAGGUUCAGGAUGUUACAGUCAGACAAAAGAAAGCUAACCAGGCGCAGCAGAGUGGUCCAGAGCAGGUGGAGGAGGAGCUGAAAGGUGCCACUCUCUCCAGUCAGAGCUCCUUCCAGACCAUUGGAUACCACCAUCAACAGAACACACAAACCCAGCUAGUACCGCAGCCUCAUUCAAGCCUGCAGACCCAAAACAACACAGGCUCCACUCUCCAAUCUAGUGCAAGCAUUGACCUCCCAAAGGUGGAUCACAGUGACAUGAGAGUCAGCCUGACUCUCAAACCCAACAGUAGACCAGACUUUGGUUUCCAGACGCAUUGGGACUCUAGAGGGGCGAGAGUCAAAUGCAUUCAGCCUGGCAGUCCGGCGGAGCAGUGCCAGCUGUGUGUGGACGAUGAAAUUGUGGCUGUUAAUGGAGUUGCGGUGGCACACUUGAACUACAACCAGUGGAAGGAUAAAAUGACAUCUUCCCUGCAAAACGGCCGUCUGACCAUGGACAUAAGGCGCUACGGCAACAAGGAUUGGAGCACCAGUGAGGAGAGUCAUCACAAGCAGCCAGGCCGCAGCAGGAUGACCCUCAAUCUGACUUCUGCAGGGUCCUCUCUGAUAGGUUGCCUUGAUCGCCAUGCCAUCAGUGGUACCUCUUCAGAAACCCCAGUCAGGAAAUUCAAUGAGCAGACAGACGAUGUUUUACAAAGUAAAGUCAUUCACGGAGAGCCUGCUGACAGCCACAAGACAGCAGGAAGUAAAGAUUAUAAUAUUAUUAGUAGGAAAAAUCAGAAAAGGAGGGAAGAGUUUUUCAAACAGAAAGGAGGGUCAGAAUCGGCAAUAUCUGAUCUCCAGGUGCCAUCCCUCAGCCCCUCCUCAUCCAGCUGGUCGUGGGACCGUGAGGGGGAUCGGAGGCGUCAGGAGAAGUGGCAGGAAGAACAGGAGCUCCUCCUACAGGAGCAAUACAGGCGGGAUCAGGAGAGGCUUGAGUCAGAGUGGCGGAGGGCACAGCAAGAUGCAAAGGGGGAGGUUCGCUGGAAGCCAGGGCAAAAAACAUUUGAGAUGACCAAUGGUGGUGAGAGCACUGCCAGCCCCCAACUCCAUGUGAAUGGAUUUACAAAGAAAAACAUACAAGCAGAGAAGAGCUCUGACCGAGAUGAGCUGAAAGAUGAAGGGACCACACCUCAAAGUAAUGCACAAGGAGAGCAGCGUGACAAGAUAUCUGGACCAGCCUGGCCUGAGGACUCAUGUGGCUUUCUUAAGCUGUCCCUUGCACACAGGGCAAAAUCCUUCUCUACCCCGGCAUUAGCUAGCACCCACAAACAGACAAGAGGUCCAGGUGAUGAGAGGAAAAGAACAGGACAGUCUGCGUCUAACGCUGAGAAAGAAAGGCAGCUGAUUUUGCAGGAGAUGAAGAAAAGGACUCUUCUUCUGACUGACAACAGUUGGAUUCGGCAGCGCACCAGCAGCUUUUACAAAGAGCCUAUCUAUGUUGGGGUUCCCAUGAAGAGGUAUGAGUCUCUGGACGACCUGGAUACUCUCCGUCAGUCCCACCCCUCGGUCGCUACCUUUAGUUACCCUCGUCCACAGUCAGCGGCUGCAGGCUACUGUGUCCCCAGCAGGAACUCCUCCUCUCGCUACAGCACUGGAUCAAUACUAUCCCAGAAAAGUACAUUUGAUUCCUCCCAUCACCCCAGUGUGUGGGCUGCCACCGACAUCUCGGAGGAAGUGAGACUGGAGUCCAGGUUCGAAUCCGAAACAGGAAGCCCCACUGUGAGCCGUGCUAUUUCCAACUCAAGUCUGCUGGUCCACCCUCCAUAUGACCAAGACGGCAUACUCCAGAUCACAGAUUAAGCGUCACAAUCACUGGGAACUUCUGUUUCAUAAAACUGUAAAACACAGAGGAAUCAUCGUCUACACAGCUGAGUCAUGAUGCUUCUCCCACAUUAAUGACCGGUAAAACUGUAACUCUAUCCUGUGAUACAAAAUCAUGACAGCCUGUGGAUCCACAUGUAAAGUAGACUCUCAUGGCUGUUUUUUAAUCACAUGUGGUUUAAUAAUGUACUUGGUGCACAUGACCUGUUAAUUUGCUAAAUUGUUUCCAAGAUGAUGUAGAUUUAAUAUAUGAAAUAAAGUAAUAAUGGGAAUUAUAAGUUUGAUUUAGGCUUUUAUUUGAUCGUUGGUGUUGCUUUUCGUCAUCCUUGUGUGAUAUAUUUGUGCAUUAAAGAUAACAGAUCUUGGUAAUAUAACCUUUGUACUGAGGCACAUUUUAACUUGUAGCUUACUGAAGCCCUUUCUGUUCUAUUGUAAACUCACCAAGUGCACUUUGGGAUAAAUAAGUUGUUUCUACAAUAUGUAUUUCUCAAGUAAAAAUAGGAAUGUAACUGAUAUGUCUUUGUAAAUAAAGUACACUAAAUAUUA